CCUGCUUCCCGCUGCUCCUUCCACCUAACCUCUCUCCUUCGUUCCUCUCUGCACUCUACUGACUCACUGCUCCUGAGUUGGCUCCGAUCUCUCCCUGCUCCCACCCGCUCUCUCCUCCUCAGGCUCUUUCCGUCCUCCCUGAGUUCCAGGACCCACACGUGGCCUCGUGUGACAGGACUGUGGCUCGAGCUUGAGGAGGAUAGGUGCUGUUCCUUUACCCAGUUACCUCGAGAGAACAGCAAAGACAGAGCACAGGAAGCGGGAGUCAGCGGCAGGAAGAGAAGAGCAGCUGCUCGUUGAACAGGGGAGGGAGGCCGACCCGGGGCCACGUUGAUUGCAGCGGCAAGCAUGUGCUCCACUGACAGGACUAGCGUGCAGAGGAGGAACGUGAAGGGGGAGAAGGAACUGAUUCGCGAGGGAAAGAAUGCUGACGCUUGCCAGAGGAGGAGCCGUGCAGAGGGCAAGAGAGUUUCGUCGGAGACGCUUCAGUUCGCAGCCAUCAUCUCCCUCAUGGCCCUCAUCUCCUACUUCACCAUGCCCGCCACGCUCACUGCGCGAGUCCCAACGGUCGGGCAUGUCUGGUACUAUGGCUGGCUGGCCGCCUUGUCCACCGGGCUGGGAGCGCUGCCCCUGCUCUUCUUCAGCAAGCCCUCGGACUUCUGGCUCGGAGCCUCCAACGCGAUCGCUGCUGGCAUGAUGCUCUCAGCGAGCUACAGCCUGGUGACGGAGGGAGUGGCGCUGGACCCUGACGGCGCCUCCCUGCUCGGCUACGAGAUCUCGCACGUGACGCGGGUGAUCGUUGGCGUCAUCCUGGGCAUGGUGUUUGUGCGCUACACCAAGAGCUACGUUGAGGGGUACGAGGACCUGAGGCUCGGGGACAUCACGGGGCUGGAGGCCGCCAAGAUCUGCUUGAUCGUGUCCGUCAUGACCCUCCACUCCUUCGCUGAGGGGUUGGGCAUCGGCGUCUCCUUCUGCGGCAAGGGCGGAGCGCACCUGGGCGCCUUCAUCUCUGCCAGUCUCGCCGUUCACAACGUCCCCGAGGGCCUUGCGGUAGCGCUCGUGCUCGUUCCCCGCGGCGUACCCAAGUUCCAGACGUUCGCCAUGGCGAUCUGCUCCAGCCUGCCGCAGCCUCUCAUCGCCGUCCCCGUCUACCUUUUCGUGGAGCAGUUCAUCGUGUGGGAGCCCGUUGGGCUGGGCUUUGCGGCGGGCGCCAUGUUCUGGGUAGCGUGCUUCGAGUUGAUCUCCGAUGCCAUUAAGGAGAUGUCGAUCCCGAUGUGCUCCUUCUCUCUCUCAUGCUCCUUCGCGGGGAUGAUGGCGAUCUCAGCAUGGAUUGACGUCGUCACGGCUCACCCGGAGAGCUAAGGACUGAGACGUUGAGCUCAGUUUGCUGUUUAUUCGUUUUAUCUUUGUAGCUUCAUUGGACAUCUUAUGCUAUGAAACAUUUUUAUUAUAUG